AUGGGCCCCUCCCGUCCUGCGCUCCUGUCCUUGAGGAGGCUCUGCCUGUGCUGGCUCCUGCUGACUCCGACAGGUGGAGAGGAAACCCAGCGCCCACAUCCCCCAGCGCCCGGAGACACCCCCUCCUCUCCGGGUCCCCUGGUGCCAACACAGCGAGGCUCCCGCACCCACGCCGAGGACCACCUCUUCAAGCACCUCUUUGGGGGCUACAACCGCUGGGCACGCCCGGUGCCCAACACCUUGGACGUGGUGAUCGUGCGCUUUGGGUUGUCCAUCGCCCAGCUCAUCGAUGUGGACGAGAAGAACCAGAUGAUGACCACCAACGUCUGGCUAAAGCAGGAGUGGAGCGACUACAAGCUGCGCUGGAACCCGGCCGAUUUCGGCAACAUCACCUCCCUCCGGGUGCCUUCAGAGAUGAUCUGGACGCCCGACAUUGUCCUCUACAACAAUGCAGACGGGGAGUUUGCGGUGACCCACAUGACCAAGGCCCACCUCUUCUCCACGGGCGCCGUGCACUGGGUGCCCCCGGCCAUCUACAAGAGCUCCUGCAGCAUCGACGUCACCUUCUUCCCCUUCGACCAGCAGAGCUGCAAGAUGAAGUUCGGCUCCUGGACCUACGACAAGGCCAAGAUCGACCUGGAGCAGAUGGAGCAGUCGGUGGACCUGAAGGACUACUGGGAGAGCGGGGAGUGGGCCAUCGUGAACGCCACGGGCACCUACAACUCCAAGAAGUACGACUGCUGCGCCGAGAUCUACCCCGAUGUCACCUACACCUUCGUCAUCCGGCGGCUGCCGCUCUUCUACACCGUGAACCUCAUCCUCCCCUGCCUGCUCCUCUCCUGCCUCACCGUGCUGGUCUUCUACCUGCCGUCCGACUGCGGCGAGAAGAUCACGCUGUGCAUCUCCGUGCUGCUCUCGCUCACCGUCUUCCUGCUGCUCAUCACCGAGAUCAUCCCGUCCACCUCGCUGGUCAUCCCGCUCAUCGGCGAGUACCUGCUCUUCACCAUGAUCUUCGUCACCCUGUCCAUCGUCAUCGCCGUCUUCGUGCUCAAUGUGCACCACCGCUCGCCGCGCACGCACGCCAUGCCCCGCUGGGUGCGGGGGGCCCUGCUGGGCCGCGUGCCCCGCUGGCUCCUGAUGCAUCGGCCCCCGCCGCCCUUGGAGCUCCGCGCCCCCCCGGGCCUGCAGCUCGGCCCCUCGUACCACUGGCUGGAGACCAGCGUGGACGGCGAGGACAGGGAGGCGCUGGCGGCGGAGGAGGGCAGAUGGGCGCGCGCUGGUUACUCUGCACCCCCCACCGGCGCCCUCCACAGCCAGGGCGGCCUGCGCCCGGGGGCCUCGGGUCCCAAGGCUGAGGGGCCCUUGCAGGAGAGCGAGAUCCUGCUGUCACCUCGCGUGCAGAAGGCACUGGAAGGUGUGCACUAUAUCGCUGACCACCUGCGGUCUGAGGAUGCCGACUCUUCGGUGAAGGAGGACUGGAAGUGCGUGGCCAUGGUCAUCGACAGGAUUUUCCUCUGGCUGUUCAUCGUCGUCUGCUUCCUGGGCACCAUCGGCCUCUUCCUCCCUCCGUUCCUGGCGGGAAUGAUCUGAUCCUCCCUCCCCUCCAUUGCUUCCAGGUGGCCCCGCUGGCCACCUUUUAAGUACCCUUAACUGCAGCUGCCUCUAGAGUAGCGUCCAGGGUGGAUGCCGUUUGCCUGCUGGUGCCUCUGCGUGGAGUCCAAGCACUGCCCGGUCGCCGGGGACUUCUCGGAACACCCCACCUGACGUCACUAUACCGAGUGCUGAGACGCUGCUGGGUGCAGGGCCCUCUUCUGGGUGCUGGGGAGCUGGGAGGGGGAGGGGUUUGCAGAAGGUUAGGAUAGG